AUGGCCAGCAAUGGAGUUGCGACCACAGCUAGAUUCAAUGCCUCAUUUCCGGCUGUAGGAAGCACUCCCCAACGCUCCAUCACUCAAAAUGGCUUCAAGAUCACUACGCAGAAGCUUCCGAUCCUCAAAGCAGAACCCAUCGAGCAGAUGACUUCAGCACUCGGAAUUGCGCCGCCUGAAAUGAUAUUCGGUGACAAUUACGUAGCAGUCGAGCACGCUGCGUCUGGCUGGCGAAUCUCGUUCAAUGCCUUUGACGCGCUGGACCGAGUAGACAAGACGGGAGAGAAGAGGUUGAAAGUCGCAUAUUCUAAAGAAUGGCAACAGAGUAGAGAAGAUACUCAUGAUAUCAAGGAAGUGGUCAAGCCGUUCGACUGGUCGUACACCACGGAUUACAAAGGCACUCUAUCUCCUCCUUCUCCCCCAUUCCGCGUGUCAUCGACACCGAUACCCGUUGAACUUCUCAAACGACCCGACCCUAUUCUGUUCUUCGAUGAUGUGAUGCUUUAUGAAGACGAGCUAGCAGACAAUGGAAUAGCUAUGCUUUCCUGCAAGGUCCGGGUCAUGCCUUCAAGAAUGUUGCUGUUGUGCCGAUUCUUUAUGCGCCUCGACAAUGUCAUGUUGAGGCUUCGGGAUACUCGGGUUUACGUUGACUUCGACAAAGGCGAGGUUAUUCGGGAGUAUGUCGCGAAAGAAGACGAGUACGAGAAGGUCAGGGAAGUUCUAGCUGGCAGAAGGGACGAUGCUGCUGCCCAGUUGCGUGAUCCAAACAAAUUGGUAGAUUUGUUGCCCAUCGUGGCCAAGAGUUUAGAAAGCGUGACUUUGGGCAGCUGA